AUGAGGUUCCUCCGAUCGCCUAUAUAACUAGCCAAAAGGACAGUGAAUUAGUCGAAUCAAGAUGAACUGAUCAUCAAUCUUCUUCAAUCUUUACCUUCUCCACAACUCCACUGCUUUUCUUCAAUUUUUUCCCUUUUCGAUCCUACUAUCUCUGUUCUCGAGUACUAAAAGCAAUUGAACUCUGUUGUGAAGAAAGGCUUGCUUGCAAAUUACAACCUCUGAAUCAUUGUGUAUUUCUGAUCAAUCUGCUAAUUUUAUUCCUGCUGUACCGACUGAGUUUGUGAAGUCUGCUUUAAACACGAUGGGUCUCUCCAGUCUCCCAGCUCCGUCUGAAGGAGUUCUGAACGUGAUUCUUGUAAACACUGCACUAUCCAUUUCCAUGCUCAAAUGCAUUGUUCGUUUAAUCCUUCACAUGGUAGGAAUCCGUCUCUCAUGGCCAUCAUCUGUAGUCUCAUCAACAGAUUCCUUUGAGAACUCCUCAGAGUUGGGAGAUUCCAAUUUUGGCUCUUCUUGGAAUUACCUUGAGAUGUUUCGAAAUCGAUAUCCAAGGAUUAGAUUUGAUAAAGUAAAGAGCUCAGAUUGUCGUGAACAUGACUGCUCUGUCUGUUUAACUCAAUUUGAACCUGAAUCGGCGAUAAAUCACUUAUCUUGUGGCCAUCUUUUUCACACCGAAUGCUUGGAGAAGUGGCUGGACUACUGGAACAUCACAUGCCCUCUUUGCAGAACUCCUCUAAUGUCUGAAGAAGAGAAAUCUUGCUUUUGGAUAUUUGCUAAAGCAUUAUGAUCAUUUAUCGAAAAGUUCUCACGUCAGGCUUCAGAAAAGAGAGGAGUGGUACCCCUACUUGGUUGCUAAUGGACUGUAGCUAGGACAAGGCACGGUUCAGAUACCAAGUCUUUCCUAUUGGACGUUUCUUGCAGUUUUCAGCCUCCUUAAACCUACUAAAAUCAAAGUGAAAUCUUCCUCUACUAUAUGCUGUGAUGCUGAAAACUGCCUUCUCUCCCUUGCUUAUCUUCGUGAAACUGAACAUUAGAGUUGCUCCAUGGAAAUCGAGCAGCUCAAUCCAUUAGAUAGUCAACAUGAUUCUGGAGAUCAUAUGCUCGAAUACCAAAAGGAUAAAACCAGAAUGGACUCCAAAAUGAAGAGAGAGAGAGAGGGUAUAGACUAACGUUUUGAAAAAAAUUAAACAGGUUGAUAAUAGCUUUCGACAACUUCUCCCUCAAGCUUGACCGACACAUAUCUCCCUCUUACGACCUUACUUUAGUAGGAUAAGUUCACAACCAUGUCCUUGAAUUAAAAAAAAAAAAAAACAUAUAAUCCCCCAUCUUCCUUUGUAACUGUCUGCUACCAGUCUUCCUUUAUUCUUUCAUAUAAAGUGAUGUAAUUCAAGAGUCAACAGCAAGAUGUUGACAUGGUCCAUUGCAUAUGUGUUAGAGGAAGAGUUAAGGAUGAAUAAACUAAAGAAAGAUCAUCUCAAUUUUCCUUA